AUGGUGGACGUCGCUACGGAUGAGGGAAUGGCCUCAGCCUUGUCAGAGGCAGAACAGCAAGUCCCAGGAAGGUAUUCUAGCCCAAUUGAGACUCAGAGCUUUAUUACCAUGUUCUCGUACGGUGUACUUAAACAGGAGCUAGGACGGGGCAUAUCGAACCCUAUCAAGGACCGUGUUUCUCAAGAGACUUUCUCCCCUAUCAACCGAACAUUAUCUUCAAUCUAG